CCCUCCCCUGCUUUCCGCUGGGUCCUCCACCCUUAUCAGGACUUGCAGCUUUGAGGCGGGGACCUCCCCGCCCCGUGCGGCCCCGGCGCCGCUUCCUCCUCCAGCUCCUCCUCCUCCCUUGCCCCUCCUCCCCAACUCCUGCUCCUCUCCUGACUUCAGCUCCUCUAUCGAGACCGGAUAACGGUACAUUGGCUUACUUACUGUCCUCACACAGGACACUUCAUUUGCUGACUCCACUUCAGUACCUUUGCCCAACCUGUUGUCUGUGCCUGGAAUGCCUUCAACAUCUCGUUAGAGAGAGAGAGACAAAGACUGCAAAAUGUCAGCAGCCAAGACGCAAGUCAUAGUCCCAAUGUCACAAACAAACAUCAGUGGCCCAGAUGAGAGUACCUUAGGGAAGUUCACAGGAACAAAGAGGCAACCAGAGGCAACUGUGUUGAGUUUUCAUAACAUCUGCUAUCAAGUGAAAGUGAAGACUGGCUUCAUAGGUUGUCGGAAGAUCAUUACGAAAGAAAUACUCAAGAAUGUCGAUGGGAUCAUGAAGCCAGGCCUCAAUGCAAUUUUGGGACCCACAGGUGGUGGCAAAUCUUCAUUGUUAGAUGUCUUAGCAGCCAGGAAAGACCCAAAAGGAUUAUCUGGACACGUUUUAAUAAACGGGGCUCCUCAGCCAGCCAACUUCAAAUGGAACUCGGGCUACGUUGUACAGGAUGAUGUCGUGAUGGGCACUCUCACAGUAAGAGAAAAUUUACAGUUCUCAGCGGCGCUUCGACUGCCUAUGAGCGUGAGGAAUAAAGAAAAGAAUGAACGAGUUAACAGGGUUCUCAAGGAACUAGGUUUGGAGAAAGUAGCUGAGUCCAAGGUGGGAACUCCGUUUGUUCGUGGUGUUUCUGGAGGAGAAAGAAAAAGGACCAGUAUUGGAAUGGAACUUAUUUGUGAUCCAUCUAUCUUGUUUCUGGAUGAGCCCACAACUGGCUUAGAUGCCAGCACGGCAAAUGCUGUUCUCUUACUGCUGAAGAGGAUGUCUAAGCAGGGAAGAACAAUCAUCUUCUCUAUACAUCAGCCUCGCUAUUCCAUCUUCAAGUUGUUUGAUAGUCUGACCUUACUGGCUUCUGGAAGAUUGAUUUACCAUGGUCCUGCUCAGGAAGCCUUGGAGUACUUUGCUUCUUUUGGCUACCAUUGUGAGCCCUAUAAUAACCCGGCAGAUUUCUUCCUGGAUGUCAUUAAUGGAGACUCUUCUGCUGUGCUGUUAAACAGAGAGGAAGGCCGUGGUGAAGCUCAGAAUAAUGCAGAACACGCACAGCAUCAUAGGCCUAUCAUAGAUCAAUUGGCAGAGAAUUAUAUUAACUCCACCUGCUUCAAGGACACUAAAGCAGAACUAGAUACAUUCUCUGCAGGGAUUCAAAAGAUCAAGGUGACUCCUUUCAGGAAAACAGCUUAUGUUACCUCCUUCUGUCAUCAAGUCAGAUGGGUGUCCAAACGGUCGUUCAAAAAUUUGCUGCGCAGCCCUCAAGCUUCCAUAGCUCAGGUAAUUAUCACGACUUUGCUUGGAUUGGUUGUAGGUGCCAUUUUCUUUGGGCUCAAAGAUGAUUCCACUGGAAUUCAGAACAGAGCCGGGGUGCUCUUUUUCCUGACCAACAAUCAGUGUUUCGGCAGCGUCGCUGUAGUCGAACUUUUGGUUGUGGAAAAAAAGCUAUUUAUACAUGAGUACGUCAGUGGAUACUAUAGAGUUUCUUCAUAUUUCUUUUCAAAGUUGUUAGCUGAUUUACUCCCCAUGAGAAUGUUGCCGAGCGUCAUAUUCACUUGUAUAACUUAUUUUAUGUUAGGACUGAAACCGGAAGUGGGGGCCUUCUUCAUCAUGAUGUUCACUCUGUUGAUGGUGGCCUAUACCGCCAGUUCUAUGGUUCUGGCACUUGCUGCAGGGCAGAGUGUGGUUUCUGUGGCCAAUAUCAUCACAACCAUCGCAUUUGUUUUCAUGAUGAUAUUUGCAGGGUUGUUAGUAAAUCUCCCAACCGUUGUGUCCUGGCUUUCAUGGCUCAAGUACUUCAGCAUUCCUCGAUACGGUUAUACAGCUCUGCAACAUAAUGAAUUUCUCGGCCUAAACUUUUGUCCUAACCUGAACACAACCGUUUCGAACAGUACUUGUGAAUAUGCAGUGUGCUCUGGAGAAGACUAUCUGAGAAACCAAGGCAUUGACCUGUCUCCUUGGGGCUUAUGGCAGAACCAUGUUGCCUUAGCCUGCAUGACCAUCAUCUUCCUUACCAUAGCCUACCUGAGAUUGUUGUUUGUGAAGAAGUUUUCGUAAAACACUGUGAGAUUAGAUGUGAUUCAGCCUCACAAAACAUUUCUGAUUAUUGUAAAAUAUUCAUUGUUUUAGCUUUUAUUGUUGAAGAAUUACUCCCAGUUAAAUCGGAUUUAUUUUACUGUGAUUAACUACUACAUUUCCACAGGUUAUGUUUGCUAUCAAGCCGUUAUAAAAGUAAGGUUCACAAAAUACUAAUAUCCAAAAGAAACAGCAGCAUAAGCUAAUGGUAUUGUAUAUACUUCUCUGCUUAUACUCUGUAAGUUCAUAGAAAAGACACUAUGUAUAACUCAUUGAUCUGGCACUGAUCAGGAAAUGAUAACUAAUAAGUAUUUACACUACUGUAAUAGGAACUCUGAAAUGUCUUGAGACUUUAUGUUGUAUAUGUUUGAACUUGUUAUGACAAUGGACCAAAAUCAUUGCCUCUUAAUAAACUUAUUAAACUAGAA